UUGAGAUUUUGAGGACAAUUAAAUUUAAUAGACCCAGCGUCACCUAUUCAGGAAGAGAUAAUUUUAUUUCAUGACCACGCUUUAACAUUACUUAUUGGUAUUUUUGCCUUCGUAUGUAUCAUAGGUGUAAGGUUACUUAUUACUAGACUAUCCACACGGACUAUCGUAGAGGCUCAACUAUUAGAAACCGUCUGAACAGUAAUUCCAGCACUACUAUUACUUUGGUUGGCUUUUCCAAGUAUACGAUUGUUAUACCUACUAGAUGAUAAUAGCAAUUCCGAGAUAAGCUUAAAAAGAAUUGGUCAUCAAUGAUAUUGAAGUUACGAGACUAAUAGUGUGAAGAUUGAGAGUUACAUGAUUAGUGAUCAUAAUUAUCGUCUACUAGAAGUAGAUAAACCCCUCUUACUACAAAUUCACACAAACUAUACUAAUCUCCUAACAAGAGCUGACGUGUUGCAUUCGUGGGCCUUACCAAGAAUCGGUGUAAAAAUAGACGCUGUCCCGGGACGGCUAAACAGUAUGAAUCUCUAUUGAAACUAUCCUGGUAUUUACUACGGACAGUGCAGAGAAAUCUGUGGAGCUAACCAUUCUUUCAUGCCGAUUCAAGUAAAAAUUUGAGACCCGAAUUUUGAGAAGCAAAUAUAUUGUGAGUGCGCAUAG